AUGUUUACGAUUUCAUUUCAUCAAAACAUGUCUCUGACUUUACCCAAAAGAAGGGUUGCGAGCAACUCUGGAGGCCAGAGACGAGUGGGUUCGAUCCAGGAGCUCUCUCUGAGGGGGCGAGCCAUUUCUGGGAGACUGAGAGUACCUUCUAGCCGUCAUGUGAGUCGAGGUGAAUUGUUCGUUGGAAGAGAAGGUGAUCACGAUGUAUCGAUGACAGAGGAAAAUGCCAUACAUUUUGCCGAAAACAAGCAGACAAUCAUGUCCAACUUUGAAGAAUGGAUCAAGCUUUCCACGGAUAACAAAAUCACCACGAAAAAUUCAUGGCAGUUUGCCUUGAUCGACUAUUUUCAUGAUUUGAACGUCAUAAAAGAUGGUGAGAAUAUCAAUUUUCAGCGUGCUUCAGCAACCUUGGACGGGUGUGUCAAGAUUUACCUGGGACGUGUGGAAUCUGCUGCUACUGAAACGGGAAAGUUGUUGAGUGGUCUUGCCAACAAGAAGAGCCAAGCACCUAAUGAAGGUGCUGAAGGCGAUAACGAUGUGUCUGGCGACGAAGAGAACCAGUCGAUUAUGGAAGAUGACGCCACCAAGAAGAAGAGAAAGAUCAACCGAGUUUUGGAGUCUACAUUGGUGGAAUUCGAUGCUAUUAGAGUCAAAAAGUUGGAGCAAGAGUUAGCCAUAGAUCCGCUUUUCAAGAAGGCAUUGGCUGAUUUCGACGAAGGUGGAGCGAAGAGCUUGCUUCUCAAUGCUCUUAGUAUAGACUCGACUGGGCGGGUGGUGUUUGAUGCCACUACCAACCCAUCACAAGAUAUUGAGGAGGAAGAGGAAGUUAGAUCACGUCCAGACACAAAUAUCGACGUAUCGGGACUCCUGAAGUUUGUUGAAAUGGAUGCCGAAACCGAACUUUCCAUCUGUCCUUCCUUGGCUCAACUUAAAUUGGUGGUGCUGGAUGUCAACCAGGCAAAGUCAGUCUUGGGUGAGGUUAAUAACCGUCAAGAUGACGACGAUUUUGCGGGACAAGACCAACACCACAGUCUCAACUUGGACUUUGGCGCACCAGACGUGGACGGUGAAGCUUACGGUGAAGACGGAGGAUUUGGCGAAGACGAAGAUAAUUUCGAAAACUUUGACAAUCCGAUCGAUCAUUUUGAUGAGAGUAUAGUCCAGCAGGCAUUCAACGAGCCCGAGAUGUACCUGGGGGCGAGAGAAAGAGUUCUUGAUCAAGAUUUGAUGGCAUACUUUGACUCCACCAUGAAGACCAACUGGAGAGGUCCCGAGCAUUGGCGAGUCACUGCCUUGAAACGGGCAAAGAAUAUUGAUGGAAAUGUGGAGCAAUCAAAGCGAGCUCCUGAUGAAACCCAAAAAACUGGCUCAAAGAAAAAGAAGGAACAGACCAUCAUCAAUUUUUUCGAAGAGUCAGAUGAGGAUGAAGAAGAAGACCUUUUUGAGCAGCCCAAAAAUGCAUUAUCAACAACCAAGAAACCAGAUCCAGAAAACCUCCCCGUAACAACACUCCCAGAAGAUAUCCAGUUCAAUUCCAGCCGGCUCACCAACUUAUUCACAAAGCCCCAGCUGGCCAUGAUGACCUUUGUUAGGAGUUCCAAAGACAACGACACCUUCACUGACCAAAAGUUUUUUUCAGAAAAAUACAACGAGCGAGAUCAAGAGGAAGAAAAACGUCAACACCAAUCAUUUCAGCAGGCUGAUUAUGAAGACUUGUACGAUCUUGGCAACGAGGAGUAUGGUGAUAUUGACUUUAAUGAUGCAUUAGGAGACGGAGCCGACGUAAAACAGGAACCUCUGGCUACUCAGUUGAUCACUGGAGGACGAAAAGUGCGUCCUGAGUAUGUGACGUUUUCUCGUAUUGCAAAGCGAGUGGAUGUGAAGUUGUUGAAGGAUAACUUGUGGCGCAGUAUCAAGCAAGAAUCUGAAGAGAAAACUACUGAACAAAAUGCCAAAACUGAAGAAAAAACCUUUACUGAGGUAGUGAGUUCAAUUGCAAAAAUGUACGGGGCCGAGGAAAGAAAGGACUUGUCCACGAGUUUCUGUUUCAUCUGCUUACUCCAUCUUGCAAACGAACACAGCUUGGCGAUCGCCACGUCGGACAGCUACGAAGACCUACGAAUUACCGGUUUCUAG